GCCCCGUGACCUGCCUGUCUUCUUCUCGCUCAUCCGUUUAGGUCUCUGCAGUGUCGCCAUUUUUGACUCACACCACUGAGCUCUCGGUGCGGAACCGGGAGGAACAUGUCUGGAGGGAGAGAAGAGGAAGAUGAAGAACGAACUCGUCAGAGGAAGCUUGAAGAAGCCCUCGAAGUCAAAUCGCUCAGGCGUAUCAUCAGUGCAUACCUCAACUAUCCAGAGGCUGCAGAAGAAGACGUGAAAAGAUAUGAACGUUCAUUCAAUAAGCUUCCGCCUGCACAUAAGGCUCUAUUAUCACACUUUCCCUCGAAGUUUGAGAAACUGAGAAGGUGUGUUUCCAUGAAUUCAUAUUUCAUUUUCAACAUGCUUGAGGCAUUUGAACCACCGCUCGACAUGAGCCAAGAUGCUGACUGUUGUGAUGAUCCAUAUCAUGAUCAUGGCCACAAUGAUCAUUGUGAAGAAGAGAGGAACGUCAAUGAUAAUUUAUUUUCUCGGGAAAGCACUGUUUGUUGUGGUGAGGCAACCUCAACAAGUGGAAGGAUGUGCUCUUUGGAAUCCAAACAAAUCUGCUGUCCUGAAGGUGGUGCAACCAAUUCGCCUAAGACAUCAACUAUCAACGAGGAAAUGGGAAAUGGCGUUAACCAUGAUCCUGCUGAUACGAACCAUGAUCAACAUCUGGAAGAGAACGAAGUGACAGAUAAACAUAUACAUAGUGGACACUGUGAUUCUGAUUGCAAUGGAAAUGGGUGCUCAGCAUCUCAUGAGUGGUUGGACUCAUCUCUACAGUUAAAUGUUCCAUUGGUUGAUGUUGAUAAGGUCCGUUGUAUAAUAAGGAAUGUAGUCAGGGAUUGGGCUGCUGAGGGUCAAAAAGAGCGUGACCAGUGCUACAAGCCCAUCCUUGAAGAACUAAAUUACCUGUUUCCAAAUCGGGAAAAAGAGAGUCCUCCUGCUUGUUUAGUCCCUGGAGCUGGACUUGGAAGACUGGCCCUAGAGAUCUCAUGUUUAGGUUUUAUAAGUCAGGGGAAUGAAUUUUCAUACUACAUGAUGAUAUGCUCGAGUUUUAUUCUUAAUCACACUCAAAAGGUUGGUGAGUGGACAAUAUAUCCCUGGAUCCACGGCAAUAGCAACUCACUUUCAGAUAGUGAUCAACUUCGUCCUGUUUCAGUGCCAGAUAUUCAUCCCGCAAGUGCAGGGAUUACUGAAGGUUUCUCAAUGUGCGGUGGUGAUUUUGUUGAAGUAUACAGCGAUCCAAGCCAAGUAGGACUUUGGGAUGCAGUUGUAACUUGUUUUUUCAUUGAUACUGCUCAUAAUAUUAUUGAAUAUAUUGAGGUCAUAUCAAGAAUCUUGAAAGAUGGAGGAGUGUGGAUAAAUCUAGGUCCUCUACUAUACCAUUUUGCGGAUAUGUACGGUCAAGAAGAUGACAUGUCCAUUGAACCAAGUCUGGAGGAUGUUAAAAGAAUUAUAUUGCAUUACGGCUUCGUGUUUGAGAAGGAAAGGACAGUAGAGACAACGUACACAACAAAUCCUAGAUCAAUGAUGCAAAACCGGUAUUAUGCUGCAUUCUGGACUAUGAGGAAAAAAUCAGCAACAAAGGAUCCGUCACAUUAGUUCACUCUCCCACAGUGCAAUUUUCUACUUUAUUUCUUAUUUUUCAUUUCUUUUCUGUGGGAGAGUUUGCUUUUAAAAAGUUGAGAGAUAUAUACAUUCUUUUAAUUUAUAAUUUUAGUGAUAUUCCAACAUCCGAGUCAUGGUAUUUGUAGGCAGAGUUCUUAAAUUGUGGGAAGUAUUUAUAAAUUGGUUGUCUUGUUCCUUUUAUAUAAAUGGGUUAUUAUUAUUUUAUUAGUUUAAAUAA